UCUCGAUCUCUCUCGGAAGCUCUAGAACUUUCGUGCCAGCACCUUUUAUUACUUCCUAUGCAUUCUGGGUCGUGGACACUGAGGGGGUCUCGCACUUUCUAAUCCACUUUCAUUUCAUUUUCUCUCUCUUCGUAGCGUCUGAAAGGAAUGGCUGAACAAGCAUACACUGUGGCAUCUGAUAAUGAAACAACUGGAGAGGAAAAAUCUUCAUCUCCUAUCCCAGAAAUUGCAAUUGGCAUCGACAUCGGUACUUCUCAAUGUAGUGUUGCAGUGUGGAACGGCUCCCAGGUGGAGGUACUUAGGAACACUAGAAACCACAAGCUAAUGAGAUCAUAUGUCACCUUCAAAAAUGAAAUGCCAUCAGGUGGAGUUAGCAAUCAACUGUCUCAUGAGUAUGAAAUGUUAAGUGGGGCAACAAUUUUCAACAUGAAGCGCCUAAUUGGUAGAGUUGACACUGAUCCAAUCAUUCAUGCAAGCAAAACCCUCCCAUUUCUGGUACAAACUUUGGACAUUGGUGUCAGGCCAUUUAUUGCCGCAUUAGUGAACAAUAUGUGGAGGUCUACUACACCUGAAGAAGUUCUGGCAAUAUUUUUGGUGGAAUUGAGAGCCAUGGCCGAAGUUCAGCUUAAGCGUCUUGUGAGAAGUGCUGUUCUGACCACCCCAGUUUCUUUUAGUCGGUUUCAACUGACUCGGAUUGAGCGUGCUUGUGCCAUGGCUGGCCUUCAAGUCCUAAGACUUAUGCCUGAACCAACUGCCAUUGCUCUGCUGUAUGCACAACAGCAGCAGCAGACUGUACAUGAAAACUUGGGUAGUGGGAUAGAAAAGAUUGCACUUAUUUUCAAUAUGGGUGCUGGUUAUAGUGAUGUAGCUGUAACUGCUACAGCAGGAGGAGUUUCGCAGAUUAAAGCCUUGGCAGGAAGUACGAUUGGAGGUGAAGACAUACUUCAAAACAUGAUGCAUCACCUAUUACCCGAUAUGGACAAUAUCUUCUCAAGCCGUGGAAUUAAUGAGAUAAAGGCAAUGGGGUUGCUUCGUGUUGCAACUCAGGAUGCAAUCCACAAGCUCUCCUCUCAAGCCAAUGUUCAGAUUGAUGUGGACCUAGGAAAUGGGAGGAAAAUAUGUAAAGUGGUCGAUAGGGAAGAAUUUGAGGAAGUGAACCAGAAUGUGUUCCAGAAAUGUGAGUCUCUUGUGACUCAGUGCUUGCAUGAUGCAAAGGUAGAAGUGGAGGAUGUGAAUGAUGUAAUACUUGUUGGUGGUGGUUCAAAUAUUCCAAAGAUUAGGAAAAUCGUUAUGGGCAUUUGCAAAAGAGAGGACAUAUAUUGCGGGAUGAACCCAUUGGAGGCUGCAGUUUGUGGGGCGGCACUGGAGGGAGCAGUGGCUUCUGGAAUCACUGAUCCUUUAGGGAGUUUGGACCUGUUAACUAUUCAAGCCACUCCUCUGAGCAUUGGCAUUCGAGCUGAUGAAAACAGCUUUGUGCCUAUCAUUCCUCGCAACACCACAAUGCCAGCAAGGAAAGAUCUGACAUUCACAACCGUUCAAGAUCAUCAGGCUGAAGCACUGAUUGUUGUGUAUGAAGGUGAUGAGAAGAGUAUCGAAAAGAACCAUUUGCUGGGCUGUUUCAAGGUCACAGGAAUACCUCCAGCGCCAAAAGGGGUUCCGGAGAUUAAUGUGUGUAUGGACAUCGAUGCUUCAAAUGUGCUUAGAGUGUUUGCUGGUGUCGCAAUGCCUGGGACACAAAAUCCAGUAGCUCCAUUUAUGGAAGUUAGGAUGCCAACUUUGGAUGACGGGCAAGGCUGGUGCACUGAAGCUCUACACAGAACUUAUGGCUCUACUUUGGAUUUGAUCACUGUGCAGAAGAAGGUACAGCAGUAAGAUGAGAAGCCAGAGAACGUAGGUUGUUUUGUGUGUUUGGUUUAGUAAAUUCUGAUUAUGCUAUUUGUCGUUCUGUGAGAGACCAUUUCAGCGAAACUAUUAAUAUCACUUCUAAUGUGUUUGUAUACUCGAACAUAAAUGUUUACAAUGGAAUAAUGCGUGUAUGGUCUUAAUGUUAACAAUGCUAGAAAUCUUAGCUUAUAAUACGGAUUGCUUGAGAAAAGGGUCAGCAGAUAUGGAUUCUCGAUUCUUGUGUCAGAACCUGUUUUAGUUUCCCACCCUAAUACUGGCAUAGCCUCUGAUUUAAACAUGCAUUGGGACAAAGAAUGUUUGAAGUUACCAUCCCAUAUAAAUCUUAAGAGUUGGGUUUCAAAUUUUUGCUGGUGUUAUGGUCGGGAAA